GAGCCUGAAUUUCAUUUCACGACGCGCCGUGGGGCUAAGCUCACACCAAGCACUAAAAAAACCUGUAAAAUAGUCAUAUAUUCCCAUCUGGAUUAAUCACGGGAAAAUAUCAAGAGACACUCUUUCCCGGAGGAUCUGAACUGAAUCGGACGGGAGGGUUUUUAUGUUGACGGAUAUUGUGUUUUUGUUGAACGAUGUCGGAAGAGACGAACACUUGGAUCUUCGACUCAAACACGGAUGGAAAAGAAAAGAGUCGUUUCUUUCGGCAAUAACGUCGAUCAAUCAAAAUCAAAACCGUCUCCUGGAGGAACGUACGUUGCAAACGCCAGAACGGGUCGUGAAGAAGCAUAUUGGGGUUAAAAGCCACGUCGUGUUGUUGUUCUUAUGAAACUCACAGUUUCGUUCAUACAAGCUUGCGUUUGAGACGCACAGCCGUACAUAUGAAGUUCCGCUUGGUCUAGCACAGAUAUUUCAGGGCAAACUCUUUCUGUUUACUUCUUGUGGACUGACAUCACAGUAACUGUUUGUGUGUAUGUUUCAGCCUUGCUGUUUCAUCGGACCACGUUUUGUGGCACCAUCACGAUUUUUUUUUUUUCUUUUUAGAAAAAGGAAACUCGGAUUGCUUUCGUUCACAUUUGCUUAUUUCCUUUUCUAGCGCCCCCCUCUCAUCUGUAGGUUACAGUAGAGCGAUGUUUCAACCAUUCUUGCUUAUAGCACAUAUCUCAUUUAAAAAAAAAAUUAACAAGCAGGCAAACUGUCUGCAUUGCACAAGCUAAUUUUAACGCUACAAUGGGCUUAAAUGCAGAUUUGAGUUCAAACAAAAACAUCUGCCAGUUUAAUUAAUUAUUAGGCGUUAAUUUUGGCCCUUUAAUUGGCUUGUGAGAUCAAUGCAACACAUCGGAUCAGAGCUUUAUAGCAAAGCAAAAGCAAGAGGAGGGACAGACAGAACGAUCAAGCUACAUAAAUUGAGAUGCGUUUGUGAUAUGACCAGGAUAUAUAAAUUUACAUGCACAUCCUAUACAAAUGCUGUUUAGAUCUUGACGGAUAUUAAACCUACUCGACUGGUUUCUGUUUUUUUUUAUUUAUUUAUUUUUUUUUUUUUUUGGAUAUUCAGGAAAUAGUUUAACCGGUGUCGUACUUAAACCAUUGGGCUUCAGAUUUCCACCAUCUUUCCGCGUUGUAAGAAGAAGAAGAUACAUAUUACCCUUAUUAUUUGUGGUUCGUUUGUGUGCUGCUGUCAGCUGGCAAAUGUGAUUAAACAGGGAAGCGCUGCAAAAUAUUGGCGCACACAAGUCGUCCAUUUUCACCUCUUUGUAAUUUUUAUUAUUUUUUUUAUUUUUUUUGCAGCGAGCUGGCUUGCUUUUUAUUGUAUAAUAUCUUAAAGAUAUCACAUAUAUAUAUAUAAAUAUUCCCCCUUAUAGGCGUUGUUUGCUAUACCAAUGUGCGUAUUGAUUUUAAUGGGAUUGCGUUGUUUUGGGUUCAAUUGAUUUUGAUUAGAGGAGCUUUUUCUUGACGUUGUGGGCUUGAUCUCAUUUGCAACAUAUAAGGCCAGUUUGCAUGCAUUUGUAGUUAACGUGCCACCGCAUUUGCAUGCACGGUGCCUCAAAUUAACUUUUUUUUUUUUUUUUUUUUUUUUUUUUGAUGGUCAUUACACUAGCAGGUGGGUUUCUCACGUUACACUCACCCAAAAGUGGGUUGGUGGUGGGCAUCUGCAGGCAAACAUUGCUUUAUCGUUAUCAGCAUCUAGAAUUGUUGUUUUGGAUAUUUCCCGACCUGAAAGGGAUUCCAUGUACAUAUAUUCUUCCUCUCUGAAACAAGAAGCCAUUUCUGCUGCUAGAGUGGACCUGAGGGCGACGUUGCUUCAUCGAUAACGACCCAUUUCGAGUUUUUAUUUAUUAUUAUUAUUAUUUUUUUUUUUUUUUUUACUUUAUAAAAUUUUCGACUGUAUUAGCCACGAUGGCUGAUUUCUGAGGGACUCGCGACAAUAAAGGAAAUAAUAAAAUAAAAACCCCGAUGUUCGCGCCUCGCUCGCGCAUCAUCAUCACCUCCGUCACAGCUCCCGCGCUCGUCUCGUGCUGAGUCCGCCUGCAUUAGCGCCGCCGCUCCCCGCGUGCGCAUCCUUUCACGGCUGGUUCUGGUACCGUUAGCGACUCGGUUCGACCCAGAAGGCUCGAAGAUGGCGGACCUCGAAGCGGUUCUCGCCGAUGUCAGCUACCUGAUGGCGAUGGAGAAGAGUAAAUCGACUCCAGCGGCCCGGGCGAGCAAGAAAAUCAUCCUUCCCGAACCCAGUAUUCGGAGCGUUAUGCAGAAGUACCUGGAGGAAAGGGAUGAACUGACCUUUGACAAAAUAUUCAACCAGAAGAUUGGUUUCCUUUUGUUCAAGGAUUUCUGCAUGAAUGAGAUCGACGAGGCCGUUCCGCAGCUGAAGUUUUACGAGGAGAUUAAAGAGUACGAGAAGUUGGACUCGGAGGAGGAGAGGCUAACUCGCAGUCGACAGAUUUACGAUGUCUACAUAAUGAAGGAACUUCUGUCAUGUUCACACCUCUUCUCUAAGAAGGCAGUAGACCAUGUCCAGACUCAUCUUGCAAAGAAACAAGUUCCUCCCAAUCUCUUUCAGCCAUACAUAGUUGAAAUUUGCGACAGUCUUCGAGGAAUGAUCUUUCAGAAGUUUAUUGAAAGUGACAAGUUCACUCGUUUCUGCCAGUGGAAGAAUGUAGAACUGAAUAUCCAUUUGACGAUGAACGACUUCAGCGUGCAUCGGAUCAUCGGCAGGGGAGGUUUUGGAGAGGUGUACGGAUGUAGGAAGGCUGACACGGGGAAAAUGUACGCAAUGAAGUGUUUGGAUAAAAAACGAAUCAAAAUGAAGCAGGGUGAAACGUUGGCGCUCAACGAGAGAAUAAUGCUGUCAUUGGUCAGCACCGGGGACUGUCCUUUCAUAGUGUGUAUGACAUAUGCCUUCCACACCCCUGAUAAACUGUGUUUCAUCCUUGACUUGAUGAACGGUGGAGACCUCCACUAUCACCUGUCUCAGCAUGGGGUCUUCAGCGAGAAGGAUAUGCGUUUUUAUGCAGCUGAGAUCAUCCUCGGCCUCGAACACAUGCACAAUCGAUUCGUAGUAUACAGAGACCUCAAGCCUGCGAAUAUCCUCUUAGAUGAACAUGGACACGUUCGUAUCUCUGACCUGGGUCUGGCCUGCGAUUUCUCAAAAAAAAAGCCACACGCCAGCGUAGGUACCCAUGGCUACAUGGCACCUGAGGUUCUGCAGAAAGGAACAGCGUACGACAGCAGUGCUGACUGGUUCUCUCUGGGUUGCAUGCUGUUCAAACUCUUGCGAGGGCACAGUCCAUUCAGACAGCACAAGACCAAAGAUAAACAUGAGAUCGACCGCAUGACACUUACCAUGAAUGUUGAGUUACCUGACUCUUUCUCACCUGAACUCAAGUCCCUCUUGGAAGGACUCUUACAGAGAGAUGUCGCCAAAAGAUUGGGCUGUCUGGGACGAGGGGCAUCAGAGGUGAAGGAGCAUUUGUUCUUCAACGGAAUCGAUUGGCAGCAGGUCUAUCUCCAGAAGUACCCUCCACCCCUCAUUCCCCCCAGAGGAGAGGUCAACGCCGCGGACGCCUUUGACAUUGGCUCCUUUGACGAGGAGGACACCAAGGGAAUUAAGCUACUGGACAGUGAUCAGGAGCUCUAUAAGAACUUUCCGCUGGUGAUCUCUGAGCGCUGGCAGCAGGAGGUGGCCGAGACGGUGUACGAUGCUGUCAACAGUGACACGGAUAAGAACGAGGCUCGCAAGAGGGCCAAAAACAAGCAGCAGGGCCACGAGGAAGACUACGCGCUGGGGAAGGACUGUAUCAUGCACGGCUACAUGCUCAAGCUAGGAAACCCUUUCCUGACGCAGUGGCAGCGGCGAUAUUUCUACCUAUUCCCCAAUCGCGUUGAGUGGAGAGGUGAAGGGGAGUCUAGGCAAAACCUGCUGACCAUGGAGCAGAUUGUGACUGUGGAGGAGACUCAGAUCAAGGACAAAAAGUGCAUCCUGCUGAGGAUCAAAGGAGGGAAGCAGUUUGUCCUGCAGUGCGAGAGUGACCCAGAGUUUGUACAGUGGAAGAAGGAGCUUACCGAAGCUUUCACCGAGGCCCAGAAGCUGCUGCGUCGUGCUCCCAAAGUCAUCGGCAAGGGGCGAACCAAUGUGGUGGAACUGUCCAAACCUCCACUCACGCACCGUAACAGCAAUGGCCUGUGAGCCGCAACCUCCCAACCACCCUUCUCCACCACUCCUCUCCAUCAUCUUCAUCAAUGCACAGAUGCACACGCGCUCACACACUCUUUCCCAGCAAACGCUUGUCCAGCACCAUUAGGCUUCUCAAGAGGCACCUGAAGACACAGUGGGCCAACACAUUAAAGGUUCUGCUGGAUUUGUACCUUGCUGUUUUUCAAUAUUCGUCAAUCAUAUGCACAUGCACACACAUAUAUACAGUUUAUUGCAACUUGACACUCUGGGGUGGUCAACACUCCAAGAUAACAUUAAAUAACAAUCAGUGAUGUCAAUGCUGAGUGUUGGACAUUGCUUUGACUAGAGACCAGUGGUGCAGGCUGGGAUACUACACCAUGUCACGCUUUCCCUCUGUAAUGCUCCUGUUCGUCUCGUCCAAAGUUCUCACCCUGCAGAACCUGGGCAGAGUCCUUGAACAUGCCGACAUGCACGUAAAGUGGCAUAGCUAGGUUGCAAGAACCUGAAUCUUUGUCUACUUGGAAUCUCUUUCCCAAGUGGCAGCACGCUAGAGCUGGACACUAUCAGUACCUCUACUGCAGGUGCAGGUGAAAGAUAUAUACCUUUCGCCUCUGGGGUUUGUUCAGAGCUGAGUGAAACUAGAGCCAUGCUGCGUAAGAGAUCUAAUCAAAUGGAAAUCUCUUAAAAGACGAUGGCUUGAAAGAUAUCACUCACGUUGUCUUCAUUUGUUUUUAGUGGGAACACCAAGGCCACUUCAAUGACUGUGCCAUUUGCAAAGCAAAAGCUUUGCACCAGUUUCUGUCAUCAAUGUGGGCACAUGGCAAGCAUGAACUCUCCAAUAUUGCAGUUUUUGCCAGGUGGACUCAGAAACAGGCUUGUUUUUUGGGACUGUGGUGUGGCACCCAACCCCUGUCCUGUACAUGUAAAAAGAGUCCAGUCUUCAAAUUCCUGAAUACUUGCCGUUAGGUUAAAGGAACUGCACUGGGGUGGAGCGAUGAGUGGAAUUACAGUGUAAAAAUUAGAGAGCUUCUGUUUUUUGUUUUUUUUGGUGCUUAGCCCCUGUACAGUUUUACGUGACCGCUCAUGUGCAUUAAUUGCGUGUAUUGUGCGUGCACACAACUCAAAAACUAGGAACUGUCGCUUUGAAGAGGACGGCCAGAUGUUGUCACCAGGAAGAAUUCCUUUCACCUUGAAUGUAUUUUGUUUUCUCUUUGUCUUGUUUUGUUGUUUUUUCAUUUGAGGGUUGAGUAAUUACGCUGCUUAAUAAUGGGAUGGAGCCGGUGGGACGUUUAUGAAGACACACCCCCUUUUGAACCCCUGAACUCCCUUUCACAGAAGUGCAAAAAGUGCCAAUGAAAAUGAACAUUUUGACUUGAGACACCUGAGAAUUCUUCACGCCAGGCCUGCUUGACGUUGGGCCAUACUGUAGACCUCUGUAUCUCCUCGAUCUCCCUGUGAAUGGACCCGAGUACAGUGUUGGAAAAUGCAACGUGAACGCACAGAAUAAAACUGAACUGCCGACCUUCUUGUUCCUCCAGUUGCUUGAAUGACUUGAGCGAACUUUGAGUAGGAGUCCAUUGGAUGCUAAUGGACAGUUAAUGAUGCAUGAUGUCAUGGUUUGAGGGACCACUUGGGGAAAAACAAAGGCUACAUCAUUAAGUCUUUUAUCCGACUGUAUAUAAGAUCCUUUCUCUGUGCAUCUACAGUAUAAUCUUCUUGACAAUAUUUGCAUAUAUGGAAAAUUCUGUCUACCUGUCUGUGUUUGUCUCAGUCUCAGCUUGGGGGCGGGCGGGGUGGGUGGGCUUCACAUCUGUCAAUCAGCGGGCAUGUGUAUACCUCAGGCUGAGAGAACUGCGUUUGCACCCCUUUUAGGACCAUCGGCUUGUCUCAAAAUAAGGUGUGAGGAGGUCUUCUGUCUCAUAUGUUUCAUUAUGCCAGUCCUUCUGAGAUGUGCAUCACAGCAUAGCCAUUAUCCAUUCACAGGCAGACAGACUGUUAUUCAGAGACAGGUGUGAUAUUGUGCGUUGACAUCCCCGCUUGAAGGUAGGACACUUGCACACACAGGUGUUCGAGAAAGGUGGGCUACUUGGAUUACAAAAGAAAGACAACUUUAAACCAUUUGUUGUAAGGCUUGAUUUGAAUAUAGUUUAAAUUUUUAUAUUGUUUUGAAUGUGACGCAAAAUGCAGAUUUCUAAAGAUUACAUAUUUUUUUGGAGUAUGUUAUGUGCAUAUAUUUUGGUCUUUUUGUUUUGGAAUGGAAAAAACAAGCACAGCUUAACAGGCAUGAGGUGAUUUUAAAGAAUAUAACGUUAUUACUUCAUGUAUGUUCAGGUUCUUUUUGUUUUCAUGCAGUAAUUUUAUUUUCUGUCACUCCUGUCCAUGCAUUUCGAGGGGUUUUUGAUUUGCAUGCGACCCUGGGUUUUGCAAACAUUGCAGGGUCUUGAGGGACGAUCAGUUUUUGUAGCCUUUAAGUGUCGGGGAGGUGCCAUCCUGAGGAUGUUUUAGUGCCCUUCAAGGGUUUUAUUUUGAAACCAAAUAGCUUGUUUGAAAAUUAUCACUGCACUUUUACCACCACGCUUCAUGAGCUGAUGAAAAAAAAAUAUGUGCCAAACAACUGUAGAAGAAUGUCCUGAACCAAUGCUGCACUUGCCAGCUCCAUUUCCGAGGCAAAAUUGGUACGUUUUAGCAGGCGAGUGACUGCGGGUUUGAGAAAGGGUACAAAAAUGUGACCAAAAUUCAGGUGACGUGGAACAAGUGGGCUCUGGGGCAAACGAUCUGAAAUUUAUUGACGAUAUGCCUCAAAGCUACUGACCGGCGGCGACCAUUACCACGUACAAAGAAACAAACUGCUAAUUGCUAACCCAUUUCUCAAAGAGGGUGGCACCUCUGCCAGUCCUAAAUAUCCAUGUUUUAUUCAGGGGUUUUAUAUUUUAUUUUAAUGGUAGCUUUUCAGUCACUUUGUCUGUGUUUGCUUCAUUCAAUUGCUUGUUGUGUCUGUACCGUAGCAGUAAAUUUGUCUGGCGAACGCAUGUUUCGAAAUAGUUGGCGACAUGGAUGACAAACUAACAAAAAUCUAAGUAUAUAUGUGUAUAUGAAAUGAAAACAAAUGAGCUUAGGUCUAUUUAAAAAAAAUUACAAUGUAGAAAAAAAAUUUGACUCGGGAAGGGAUCGGGUUCGAUGUGAGUUCAACUAUUUGUGGUGAAGAAUCAGCUCAGAUCUUGCACAUAAAAGUUUAGCUAUUGUACCUACGAGUUACAGAUUAUUAUUUUUGUUUGUUUAAUGCAGGAUUCUCUUGCUCUCUUUCAUAUUUAUUGUCUGGUCGGGGAGCUAGCCCCUCUGUGCGUGGGUUUACGGAGGGCACAGAGCUGACAAGGAUCCGGGUUUACAGUCAACUGAAACUCUUUCGUGUGCCACAAACAAACGCAAAUACUACUGUCUGGGGUUAUUACCAUUAAGAUUAUGAUGAUGAUGAUGAUUAUGAUUAUAAUAAUUAUUGAUAAUAUUUUUCAAUGAAUGGUAAUGGUUGUUAAAAUUAUCCUUUUUUUUCUCAGAACAGCUAAGAACAUGUGUUUAUGAAAUCAGUUCAGAAAUAAAAGGCCCCUUUUUCGUGUU